AGCAAGAUUUGUAACAAACUACUGUAACGUUCGAAGUAGCUUCAGCAAAAGGCAGUAGUUUCUUCUUCUCUAUAAACACCAUUGUCACCCUCACAUCAUUCCUUGCUCUUCUCACUAAAACAAAUCUCCUUUACCUCUAAAUCCUUUCUUUUUCCUUCUUCCUUCUUCUUCAUUCCAAUUCCAAUUGUAAAAAAAUGUUAUCAGGACCAAAUUCUGUUGGUUGGAUUGGUGAUAGAGGAGAUGAAGAAGAUUCAUCUCUUACAUGGAACAGAAAUCCUUGUGAAAAUAGAGAAGAUAUUGUUGAUAAUGUUGAUGUUGCUUCUCUUUCUUCUCUCAAAUCAAUGCUUGAAGUUGAAAAUGAUUGGUUUGAUACUAACAUUAAUCCAAAUUCAAUCAAUUUUUCAACAAAUGAGAGUACUGAUAAUUUGCUUUUGAACCCAAUUGAUUCUUCUUCUUGUUCUGCUUCUCCCUCUGUUUUUAAUUCAACUACACUUGACCCAUCUUCUGUUCCUUACUUGUUUUCAUCAAAACCCACCAUUUUUAAUAACUCUUUGCCUCAAGGGUUUGGUCUUGGAUGUGGGACUAGUAAUGGGUUUUUCCAGGAAAAUCAUACUCAUCCCCAAAUUCCAGAUUUGCUUAACAGAGGAAAUGGUGGUGUUUUGGGCGGGUUUAGUGAAUUUAGUCCACAAAAUGAUAUGGGUAGUCCUAAUUUGGGGAAUAACCAUCAUUUUUCAUCUACCCAUUUGGUUCAAUUAGCUGAAAAUGAGGGUUUUAAGAGUGGUUCAAGUUCAGUAUCUCGAUUUCGAGGUUUCGAAGAAGGAUUAGGCAAUUCAAUGUUUGUUAAUAGGACUUCAAAACUAUUGAAACCCCUUGAUAAUUCUGCACCUGUUGGUGCACAACCUACCCUUUUUCAGAAAAGAGCUGCUCGGAAGAAUGUUUUUAGUGGUAAUAAUUCUGGGAAUUUGCUGAAUUCUGGAACAGAUUCUGGGUUGAUUUCAAAUGGGGUUGAAGGAGAUUGUUCAAAGUUCAAUUCCGGUGAAGAAAAUGAAAAGAAAAGGAAAUUUGGUAAUGUGGGUGUUUUAGAUAGUGUUAGUAUUGAUGGGUCUGGUUUUAAUUAUGAUUCUGAUGAUUUUACUGAGAAUAACAAUUUUGCUGACGGACCCAAAAAUGGUGGAACUAAUUCAAAUAAUAAUAGUACUGUUACUGGUGGUGAUUCAAAGGGGAAGAAGAAAGGACUACCAGCUAAGAAUUUAAUGGCGGAACGCCGCCGCCGGAAGAAGCUUAAUGAUAGACUCUACAUGCUGCGUUCCGUUGUCCCUAAGAUUAGCAAGAUGGAUCGGGCUUCGAUACUUGGGGACGCAAUCGAAUAUCUGAAAGAGCUGUUGCAAAAGAUUAACGAUCUCCACAACGAACUGGAGUCGACCCCUCCUCCUUCGUUGACACAGACAACAAAUCUCCAUCCCUUAACUCCUACACUUCCAAACCUGCCAUCUCGAAUCAAGGAAGAACUCUGCCCCACCUCAUUGCCGAGUCCUAAUGGUCAACCUGCAAGGAUUGAGGUAAGGUUAAGGGAAGGAAGAGCCGUCAACAUCCACAUGUUUUGCGGUCGCAGACCGGGCCUCUUGCUGUCUACAAUGAGGACUUUGGAUGGUCUUGGGCUGGACAUCCAACAGGCCGUCAUUAGCUGCUUUAAUGGGUUUGCUAUGGAUAUAUUCCGCGCUGAGUGCAAGGAAGGGCAGGAUCUGCACCCGGACCAAGUCAAAGCGCUGCUGUUAGAUUUAGUAACCUUCAAUGGCUCGACCGUAGCAAAUAAUUGCAAUAUGUGAAACAUAUUGCAAUUACCAACAGUUCAAAAAUUUGGAUUCAAGAAGAUGAUUUAUAGCUUGGAUAAUUUCUAUAAUUGUUUGUUUUCCCCUUCUAAGAACUAUUUUAGUGUAAGAUGGGAUGUUGUAAUGGUCAUUAUGAUGGCUUUUCUUGGUUUAAACUAUCCUUAUUUUCAAUGUGUGUGGCUUUUGUUUUAUGCAUAAUCGUUUUUAUAGUUAUGUUUGGAUGAAAAGGAAUGCGGGGAAUGAAUGGAGAUGGAAAUUGAGAAAUUGUUUCUCUUACUUGGAUGCAAAAGAAUUGGGGAUGAAAAUGAA